GAGGGGAGAGGAGGGGUGAGGUAAUGUCGUCAGAGGCCUGUCAGUACUCAUGCGCAGUGAGAGCUGGGCUGGAUGCCUAUUGAUUGAAAACAAGGGUCUGUGGUGGUAGGACGGACACGGGAGGCUGUGGGAUAACGGGAUCUGACGGUGAAUCUGAGAAGAAUCUGUCUUCACAUCAGGGACUGCAGGGUUUGGUCAUCAACCUGUCAGGGGACGCCAUGGAAGCCCCUCUCGUGUGUUUGGAUGAGGAGUUCGAGGACCUCCGACCAUGUCGGAUGGAUGACCUAGAUCAUUCAUCCCUCGAUCAGUAUUCCUACUCCACCUCCGCCUCCUCCACCACCACCACCAUCCCUUUGGCCUCCAUCACCAGGGAGGACUUCUCUGAGCUGGAGAACUUCUCUGAAAUGAUGAGCUUCAAGUCCAUGGAGGAUCUGGUGAACGAGUUUGAUGAGAAGCUCAACGUGUGCUUUCACAAUUACAACACCAAGACAGAAGGCCUGGCACCCAUACGCAAUCAGUCACACAACCAGGAGGACGAGGAGCGGCUGCAGGAUGAAGAUGUUUGGGAUGCUCUAACUGACAACUACAUCUCUGCCUGGGACAACCCUGAUCCUGAGGGACUCAACGGAAACCUUUCUGACCAGGAGAUUCACGAAAAAGAGGAGGAGGAGAUGAAUGAGAAGAAUGAGAACGUCAGUUGUCUGAACGAAGAGCCUCUUAUCACAGCAGACCAGGUCAUUGAGGAGAUAGUGGAGAUGAUGGAGAACUCUCCAGAUCCUGGGGAAACUGAGGAGGAGGACGAGGAGGAGAGCAGCCACUGCUCCUCCAGAACCAGCCCCUCACUGCUGGAGGAGAUCAGGCAGCUGUCACAGGCCUCCAACAACAACUGCUCCUAUGAAGGCCUGAGCCUGAUGUCCAACUCGGCACUAGUUGAGCUGCUCCACCGAGUUGAAGCCACCAUCUGCGAGUACUCAGAGGAGCUGGUCAGUCAGCUGGCUCGCCGCGAUGAGCUGGAGUUUGAGAAGGAGGUGAAGAACACGUUCAUCACGGCUUUGAUGGAGGUGCAAAACAGGCAGAAGGAGCAGAGGGAAAGCAGCAAACGUCGGCGUCGGGACAAGGCCCUGAGUCUACAGGGAGCAGGGACGCUGCCCACCAACGGAGGGAACACGGGACGCACUGAGAAGACAGGGGGGAUGCCAGUCAAGCGUUUCAGCAUGGAGGGGCUGUCCAACAUCCUGCAGACUGGAAUCAGACAAACAUUUGGAAGCACAGGCAACGACAAACAAUAUCUGAACACAGUAAUUCCAUUUGAGAAGAGUGGCUCCCCUCCGUCUGUGGAUGACCUGCAAAUGAUCACGAAAAUUCUUUUUGCUAUGAAAGAGGACAGUGAGAAGGUUCCAACACUGCUUACUGACUACAUACUUAAAGUCUUGUGUCCUACCUAAAGUACCAGGAUGCCGAGGGCCACAUUGUGAUGGAAAAUCCUGCCCCGAGAGGGCCUUAUACCGACCCUCAUGACCUCUGGCCCGAGCUGCAUGACCUCCCCUCUUUCCCAUUAUCAACCAUGGAUCCUCACCAUCACCAUUAUCUUGUUCACCUCGACUAUGACUACUGCCUUUUGCUGAGCUUAUCCUCUGUCCUCCUGCUCAUACAAGUUCAGGCCAGACGCCGUUACUACAAACUGAAGUUGGGUGGUUUAGUCUCACUUCGAAGGACUUCACUUAUAAAGCAUGACAUGCUGUUUUCAGUCACAGCACCACUUUGGUACAGGGAUACAACAUCAUGAGUGCUUCUUCCUCCUUCUCUGUUUUUCCUUUAUUUUUUUCCUUCUGUUUUUCCUUGGUUACUAACCUCAUAACUAUUGUCUUCAUCAAAUGAUCAACUAAUUUGAAUACAAAAGCCAUGCACCGUUUUCUGCCAACUUAGUACUGUAGCUCUAUAUGAAUAACAACAAACAAUUACAACUAUUACGGGUGCAGUGCAUUACACAGCUACUUUAACUGUGAUCAUUUCUCUGUUUUUCACAGCCUCAGAUCCAAUUCAUUUCACACGUUUGUAUGUCCGCGUGUACGUGAAUGUGAGGAAUUACCUCAGCCACCGAUUU